UUAGAAAAUGAAGAGAAAAGAAGAAGACAAGUGAAAUUAUCUAUAAUUUUAUUUGUAACUGGUUUUUUACUCGUUGUCCCAUGGCUUGUAAAUUUAAAAUUCUUAAGAAGUUCAAAUAGAGGCCCUAAAAUUUUAGCAAUAUUCUCCUUGGUUUUGUUUAUUCUUUAUGUCAUCACACUAACUCCAUUUAUUGUUGUGUCAUUUCUAUUUAUAUUU